CCUAGCAAGUUGCUACACAAUCACAGAGCAAACUUCUUACGCUCUUCUCUCGCAUACUCCACUACCACCAUAACAUCCUUGUAACUCUCUCGGUAUUACCUCGACCCGACACUUGGCGUCGUGCAUUACAUCCGCGACCCUCUCGUAUCACCCUCACACAUCAACUUCACCAUGAAGUUCUCACAGUUCCUCACCGGCCUCGUUGCCGCACAGGCAAUCAGCGCCGCAUCGAUACCGGAAUCAAACGCCCUCAAUGUCCUCGAAGACCGACGAGUUGUCCCUGCCUCUGAACUUGUCUCACCAGACCAUACCCUAGAGCGUCGCAAAGGAGGAGGAGGACGAGGAGGGGGAAGCAGUGGUGGCAGCAGCAGCGGAGGCGGUCGCUCAGGUGGGAGCAGCGGAGGCGGCACCCCCGGACGUACAUCGUCAACCUCGAAUGCUGGUGGUUCCACAAGUGCAGGCUCAGGUCGACCGCGCACUUUCGCUGGCGGACGGUAUUACGGCGGCGGCGCUGCAACACCCUACACCGCUGGUUCACGGACGCCCAAGGGACUCAUUGCCGGUGCCCUGCUCCUGCCUGCUACUAUGCUGCUCAUCAUGCCCGGUCUGUGGUUGUACAGCACCUAUCCCUACCAUUACAACAAUCCCUACCGCUUCUACAAUCAGUCCGCCACCAACGACGACAACGACAACAACAAUAACAACGACCGCCGCGAAUUAUGGGUCCGUCAAACCCAGGGCCGCAACGAGUCUCUCCCUGUCAUGUGUGUGUGCGAGGAGGGCUUUGUAUGUGGUUGCGACGAGAACGAUGAUCAGCAGUAUCUCAACGACCUUGUUGGCAAUGGCAGCUAUGCUGCGCUCAACAAGACUCUUGUCACCGUCUCAGAUGUCAACGGUACCAAGACUCUUGUUCUCAACGGUACUCUUGAAAAGGGUACUACUGCGCCUGGUGGCUCUGAUGAUGACAGCGCAGCUAUCAACUUGAAGGUUGGAAAGUACGCUGGGUACUAUGCCCUUGGCAUGAUGGUGUUUGCUGGUGUCCUCAUGUAAAGACACCUCAACACUUGGCUUCGUCGUUUGGAGAUGUAUAAUAUUAUGAUGCUACGACUGCUUAGAAGAACACUGAGGCGCUUGGAGAUUUUUGUUUUUGCUUUGGAGGAUCCUGUUUUCAAAGAGAUAGUUGAUCCUGUUGGCACUAGAGGAUGAUUUGGUGAUACCCUCAAGUCUAUUUCUUUGUUGGUAUCCAUCGGCUUUUAGGAUUUCAUUUAUACGUUACCAAUCCAUACUAAAGAUUUACCUAUUACUUUAUUUGCACCAUAUUGACAUGGCGAUUCCACUUUGUGCUUUGGCGUCAGCUUAUCUAAAUGUAAAGCCAUAAGUAUAGCUACAGUACAUGUAUAUCUUGUCUAAGCUAUCUGGGAAUGAAUAUGC